AAGUCCAUUUAUAGCAGAAACUGCAUGUGAAUGUAAAGCAAUGAGCCAAUGACAAACAAUGUUUUCAAAUCAUGAUAUGAAUGUAUAGCAGACCGUGAUUUUUUGUGCGUGUUUGGGUAGACCCAUUGUGUUAGUGCAAUUGACUGUCUACAGAUCUGCGGUACAAAUAUCCAAGCCAGUUGGUUGGGCCCGCGCUCCCGACGUGCCUGCCGAACUAUGGCACACGCCACCGGUAGUUUCACACGCCAAGUCAGUAAACGAGAGAAGUACACGUUCCCGGCGCUAAAAUCCAGCGUCAAAGUCGGAAUCAACCGCCGUGAUCUGACCAGCCACCUCUGUUCUAUUCACCAGACGCCCGCCGCUUCUACGGGGAACGCCUAUUUACGUGGCUCCCGCGUGCACGAAUGAGCCGCCCACCGUCGAUCACGCGCCGCCCGCCGAGCACGAAUCCAGAAGCUCUUGGGAAUCGAGCGUUCAUGGCGGUCCCCUCCAUCAGCUGCUCCCUCGGACCUCCAGCUCCCGUCAGAGAAGCUUCCGCUCGCCUGAGGCAGCCGUCGCCGACGCCGUGGGCGGACGGGCUGCGGCGGGCGUGCGUGGCGGGCGCGGCGGCGUGCGUCGUGUUCGGGACGGCGGGAGGCGGCGGCGGCGGCGUGGCCGCGUCGGCGCCGCCGCGCGACGCCUCCGUCGCGGCGGCCCCGCGGUGGAGCGACCGCCGGGAGUGCCCGCCGUGGCGCGCCAACUCGCUGGAGAACGUCGUGCCGGAGAACCUGCCCCGCCCGUCGGCGCGCCGGAGGUUCAGCACCGUCAAGCGGGCGCCGCGGAAGGCCCCCGCGCUCGGGCCUCAGGCGGUGGCGCCGUCGCCGUUCCUGGCGCUGCGAUCCGGCAUGGACGACUGCUUCACCCUCUAGGCGAGUAGGCAGAGGUCGUGCUAGGGCUGACUAUUCCGCAGCUGAAUUUGUUAUAUUUGUUCUGUAUAUUGUAGUUCGAAGCGAACGGAAACAGUAGGAUAUAUAAGCACGAUUCUGUUGUAGUUCCCUUGGGUUUUCUUUCAUCGCAUGUUGUCCCUGUCUCGU